AUGACCCGCUUCCCCUCCUCCCAACCUCUCCUCACCCAGAAACGUCUCGCACAGCUCUCACAAAUCCCCCCCGACUGGCUCCUCCCCCAGUCCUCCCUCCCCCUCCCUUUCGACUUCACCGACGUAACCCACGACCACUCAGCCGUCGCAGACUUCACCUCAACCCCAGCCUGGGACGUCCGCCGCUUCUUCGAAAAAUGUGGCCUCCUAACCGAAAAAGAAUGUGAAAUCGUCUCGGUGGACGCCUUUGUCGCGCUCGAAAACAUGCGAAAUGGGGAUUGGACUGCGGUCGAGGUGACGACCGCAUACUGUAAAUCCGCCGCGGUUGCACAGCAGACCACGACAUGCCUCACCGAGAUCUUUUUCGACCGCGCGCUGUCUCGCGCACACGACCUCGACGACCAUUUCCGCCGCACGGGAAAGACGAUGGGACCCCUCCACGGCCUCCCAAUCUCCCUCAAAGACCAAUUCAACAUAACCGGAAUCGACACAACAAUGGGCUACGUAAAAUGGAUCGGACAAAUCGCAUCCCAAAACUCCACACUGGUCGAUAUCCUCCUCGAAUCCGGCGCAGUCCUCUACGUCAAAACCAACGUCCCACAAACCCUCAUGUUCGGCGAAACCGUCAAUAAUAUAUUCGGACGGACGUUGAAUCCACUCAAUACCUCUCUCUCACCCGGUGGCUCCUCAGGCGGCGAAGCAGCCCUCCUCGCGGCCCACGGCUCACCCCUCGGCGUCGGCACAGACAUCGGUGGUUCGAUACGUGUACCGUCCGGGUUUUGCGGGUUGUAUGGCCUCAAGCCAUCACACGGCCGUAUCCCAUACUACGGCGCCGCAAACUCCUGUAUGGGACAAGAAUCCGUACCAUCCGUCGCUGGACCCAUGGCGAGAUCAUUGAGGGAUCUCAAACUCUUCUUGAGGGCGGUGUGUGGUGCGAUGCCCUGGCGCCGGGACCCACAAUGCGUCGAACUCGCGUUUCGCGAUUUCGUGAUUCCACGGCGUUUAAGGAUUGGUGUGUUGAGCACCAACUCCAUCGAACCGCCAUCACCCGAAGUUCGUGCCGCGAUGUCACGCCUUGUCGCGUCUCUUCGCCACGCGGGGCACGAAAUCGUGGAAUGGUCUCCACCCCCCCACCUAUCCGGUCUCGAAAUCGUCUGCAAGAUGUACACCGCCGACGCGGGCGAAGACAUCCGCGCCUCCCUCCACCCCGAAGACAUCGUCCCGGGCAUCCAUGGCCACCACCCUUCCCCAAAACGAACGAGCGUGUAUGAGCUGUGGCAGUUACAUCGCCAGCGGGAUGAGUACGCACAUAGGUAUUUGGGGUAUUGGAAUGAGAUGGGGGUUGAUUGUGUUUUGAGCCCGGUUACGAGUCAUACUGCUAUGAAACACGGUCACUCUGGCGCCGAAGGUACGGCGUCUUACACGGCCAUAUUCAACCUACUGGGUUAUGCGAGUUGUUGUUUUCCGGUGCGCACGGUGGGAGAAGGGGGAAGGGAGGGGACGGUGGGGGUUGAGUGUGUUGGGAGACGGUUUGCGGAGGAGUGGGUGCUGGGGUGUGUGGAGAGGAUUGAGGAGGCUAUGAGUUUGAAGGUGGGGGAAGGGGUGGAUAGGGUGGAUGAGCGUAUGGAUGCGUGAUGAACUGGACUGUGUCUGGGAUGCACUCGUAGAUGAGAUAGACUUUUGCUUUCUGUCGUUAUGGGGCGCUGUGCGCCGGACAUUACUUGCUGGACUGGUUGUUUAUUGGGGUUUGACAUUUGAACAUUGGUAUAGCAAGCGUUGCUGGACGGUUCGUUGGUAUUUGUUAUUCGGCAUGGUGUGAGGUCUGGACUGGUGUCUCUCUUUUCUCUUUCGCGAUUUUUUUUAUAGACGAUGGAUAAUGACGAUGAACAUGGUAGAUUGACUGAUUCACUG